UUGGUUGGUUUUAAAUCCCUGAUGACUUGAGUUGAUGAGACGCCACUUGGCUGCUAGGUCGGUUGCUAGGAUGAAGAACUGAUGGAAUAAUCCUAUGCGGAUGUCAUUUUAUGUUAAAAGCUAAUGCUUUGAUAACAUUUAGACCACUAUCCACCCUGUGAUCGCUGGCUCCCUCACUUUGUGGUCUCGGUUCUCCAGUCAUGUCUGCCGCCCGGGAGGACCUCCUGUCUCCCGACGAGCUGAGGAAGAGACUCUACCAGACCUUUAAGAGUAAAGGGGUGCUCGACACGCUCAAAACUCAGCUGCGGAAUCAGCUGAUCCAGGAGCUGAAGCAUCCUCUGCUGGGUGGAGGAGACUCCGUCCCUGGAUCGGUGUCUCCCAGACCCGACUCUCUCCUGCUCUCAGCGUCCAACACCAUAGUGGCUGACUACCUCAAGACCUCUGGCCAUGAAUACACCCUGUCUGUGUUUUACCCUGAGAGCGGCUUGCGUAAAGACAAGAUCCUGAGUACAAAGGACCUUCUCCAGUUCAUGAAGAUCAGUCAUCAUUCUCCACUUUACAAAUCAUUGACGUCCAAUGAGGCUGAGGCUGGAACGGGUUUCCUGACGAGUCUGCUGACCCAUCUAGCAGAUCCCCGCGGCGACAGGUCGUGCUCCGACGCCAACACGCAGACCGCCUCCGCAGGGGGUCACAGAGAAUCCCUCGUCGACAAGAUGAAGAUGAUUGACCAGGAGUACGAGGGUCUGCAUCACCGGGGAGACCGGGGGACGUCCUGUGAAUCCAAACUGGCUGCGUAUAAAAGAGAGCUGGAUUCACAGAUGCAUGCCGAAAUGAACCUAAAGAUGCAACAUUUUAAAGACGUGGAACUUGCCAGGGUGAAGAUGGACGAACAAACCAGAUCCCAGAAGGAGUUUGCCAAGUUCAGACAAGACGUGGAGAGGACGUACGAGAUGAAGGCCAACGCUCUGAUGAACCGGGAGAAGAACGCCAUCGACCGCUUACAGAAGCAGCAAGAGAUGGAUGAAAAUAACGUGUACAUGCAGAGGCAAACGCUUCUAAAAGAAAUUGAAAAGGUGCGGAACAGAGAAAACGACCUGAAACUAAGGACGGAGGGGUUUGAAAAGACGUGUGAAAUGCACGCGGACAAGGUGAAGGCCCUGGAGGAUCUCCUGAGGAGGAGAGAGCUGGCGGUGAGAACCAGCGAAGAAACUUAUGAUCAGAAGCUCCACAACGAAGUCUCCAGAUAUAAGAGUGAGCUGAAGGAGGAGUUCUCCCAGAGGACGGAGCAGCUCACAGAGAACGAGAACAGGAACAAAGUGGAAACGGCGCGCAUACAGAAGGAGACGGCCGCCCUGGACGCUAAAACAGACGAGCACCUGGAGGCCUGCGCGGAGCUGCGCCGCGUGCAGGGGGCGCUGGAGGCGUCGCAGCAGCAGGCCUCUCUGCUCGGCCAGCAGGGGGAGCUGCUGAGGGAGCGGCUGGAGGCGGUGGGCGACCACGCGGCUCUGAAGAGGGAGAAGGCGGAGCUGCAGGAGGAGCUGCGGCGCCUGCGGAGGCAGCUGGAGGAGGCGCAGGAGGAGAGCCAGCUGCUCCGCUCAGCGGCGGCCAGGCCGUCGGAGGAGCAGCUGGCCCUGCAGAAGGAGGUGCAGCGGCUGCAUGCGGACCGCAGGCAGGAGCAGGAGGAGUCCGGCAGGCAGAGGCAGGUGCUGCAGGCCCAGCUCCAGGGAGAGGCAGAGCGCUGCGCCCUCCUCCAGGCCCAGCUGAUGGAGAGCGAGGAGAAGAGCCACUGGCUCAACACCAACGCUGAGGAGAUGAAGCUGCAGGUGCGGCAGACGCAGCAAGCCCUGGAGAACGAGGUCCUCCGUAACCCCAAACCCUCGCUGGUGGACCGCUCGGUCCUGGAGCUCAGCGGCGACGGCCGGGUCCCCCCCGACGUCUACGCCCGGCUGCCCGCCCUCCUCCUGGGUCACUAUGACGACGCUGCUGCUCCCGGUGGUGGUGGUGGUGUAGGUGAAGCAGCCGGAGCCCUGAGAGGACGGGCCCCCCCACGCUGGGCCCCCGGCGUCUCCCCGGAGCCCGAGGAGACGGAGCUGCUGUCCGGAGCCAAGGCCCGGAUCCGUGAGUUGGAGCGGGAGGCGGAGACCCUGGAGGAGGCGUACCGGAGCUACCAGCAGAGGGCGCUGCGGGCCCCCGGGGCCCACCUGAUGCUGGAGCCGCGGCCCUGGUCCCCCCCGCCGAGGCACUACUCCCCCCCGCCGCCGCCCGCACGCCACGCCCAUAGCCACGCCCAUAGCCACGCCCAUAGCCACGCCCACAGCCACGCCCUUAGCCACGCCCACAGCCGCGCCCCGCCGGCCCGGAGACCGCCCCCAGCGCACCGCUCCCGACCUCCGUCCCCCCGAAGGUCUCGGGUCUCCCGGGCGCCGGCGUUCUCCCCUCCGCCGCCGCAACGACACGUCAGCCGCCGCACCCCCGCAGGCACCCCCUCCCCGGACCCCGACGCCACGCCCCCCCCCACCCGGUCCCGGGCGGCCUCCGCGGACCGGACCCGACGCCGGCCCUCGGGCCCCGGCGGAGACCCGGACCUCGGGUCGUUCGCCGAGCCCUCCUCCGUCACGCCGUCCUCCGUAACGCCGUCCCCGCCCGGCUCCGCCUCCAGACACCUCUCCUCCGCCCCCCUCUCCGCCUCCAGACAGAGGCCUCGCCAGAAGCGCACCGAAGGGGUCAUGGCGUUCCCCGAGCUCUCCCCCCAGGGAGGUCUCUCCCCCCGGGGAAGGCUCUCCCCGGCCCCCCUCGGAGACCGGACCCCGCCGUCCGAUGGGGGCUUCUCCCCGGACCUCAGCCCCCCUCACGCCCCCCAGCUCCAGAGCACGGCGCGCGACCACACCAGCCCGCCACGCCCCCCCCAGCCGCUCUCCAGCUCCGAGUCGUCCCCCCGGCCCGAGGAGAUCCACCUGGAGGACCUCUCCACCACCCUGCCAGAGCCCGGCAGCAUUCCAGAGCUGCUCCUGGACACGGCGGGCCCUCGGCCCCCCCGGGAGGGCCCCGGCGGAGCGGUACCCCCCCCAGAGACCCCCGUACCCCAGGGAGGACAUGGGGACGCGGGCCCUGGGGAGACCGCCGCAGAGGAGCACGAGGAGGAGAGGGAGAGGAGGGAGAGGAAGGAGCGACGGCAGCGGGAGCAGGAGGAGGCCAAGCUGAGGGAGCAGGAGGAGCUGAGCCGGCUGGAGAGGGAGACGACUCCGCUGGAAGUGAGGAACGCUGAAAGGAGUUAUGGCGAAGAUGAGAGGGAGGAGAAGGAGGAGGCGGUGGGAGGGAAGAAAAGCGAAGAGGAGGAGCAGCAGCAGGAGGAGGGAAAGGAAGAGGACGGCAGCAGAGGCGGCGUCACGAGGAGCCCGGCAGAAGACCCUCUGCAGAAGUACAUGAAGAUGGUCCUGGAGGCAAGGGGAGCCAAGCGGGCGCAGAGCCCGACUGGGGCCGGCAGCCCGGACGCUAGGAGUUUGUCCGAGGCGAGAGACGACAGCAUCGCAGCGUUCUCACACGAGGCCGUGGACGAUGACUUCUGGUGACCCAACUUGAACCGAACUCUACUGUCUCAUCUGCUUUGUAUUGUACAGUCGACACACACUAGCGCCCUAUUCACUGUACGAGUACCAAUAAACACUUUUUUUUUUUACUUUUAUUUCAAUAAAGUACUUUUUUAUUUAACAUGCCACUCAUUUGUUGGUGCGAAUGAAAAAUAAAAACACAACAUUUUGAAUACA